AUGGAGGAAAAGUCGACCCAGAAAGCGGCCGCGGCGGAGGAGGAGAACCCCUCGCCGGAGUUGUGCCUGAGGAUCCCCGGGGACUACGCCGUCGGCUCCAUCCCCACCGUCCUAUACGUCCCCGACUUCAUCUCCGAGACCGAGCAGUCCCAGCUCCUCCACCAUGUAUACCAGGCACCGGCGCCCAAGUGGAAGAUUUUGAAAAACCGGCGGCUCCAGAACUGGGGAGGAGUGGUGCACGAGAAGGGGCUACUGCCGCAGGCAUUACCUCCAUGGCUUACAAAGAUAACUGACAGAAUCUGCCAGUGGACUGGUUUAUUUCCUUCAGCAAUCAAUCAUGUUCUGAUUAAUGAGUAUCAUCCUAAUCAAGGGAUCAUGCCACAUCAAGACGGCCCUGCCUAUUUUCCUGUUGUCGCUAUCAUAUCCCUUGCUUCACCGGUUGUGCUUGAUUUCACACCCCACGGAAAGCUCAGAGGGCUUGAACAUACAUAUCUCCAAAAUAUACAAACUGAUGAGCCACAGGAGAGUAAUGGUUCCUAUAAGGUUGAAGGCACAAAGGAAGCUGGUCCUGCUUCGUCACUUCUACUAAUGCCCUGCAGCCUGUUAAUAUUCAAAGAUCAGGCUUAUACAGACUUCCUACAUGGUAUACAAGACACUGAGCUGCAUAAUCUAGACAAGGUUGCAAAUAUCUCACAGUGCCCGCAAUUCAAGCAUCUAAGCUAUGAUUACAGCCCAGGCAAAGCAGAUAGCAGUGCUAGCUCUGAGCCAAGUGGCACCUUCCACAGGACCACCACAAGAGUCUCGUUGACGUGCCGGCUAGUGUUGAAGGUACACAAUAAGCUGUUCAAAUUCUAG